AUGAACAUCCAAAACAGCAGUGAUUUAGACAGACCUGAGGGCAACAUAGACUUGGAGGCACCUGAAAAACCCUUAUUUGGCAUCGGCACCGACAACUUCGUCACGCUUCUGAUCUUUGGACUCAUUUUUACUCUAGGCGUCCUGGGAAACUCUCUGGUUAUCACUGUUCUGGCUCAACACAAACCUGGACAGCAACGAAGCACCACCAACAUCUUCAUCCUCAACCUCAGCGUGGCAGAUCUCUCCUAUCUGCUCUUCUGCAUCCCUUUUCAGUCCACAGUUUACAUGCUGCCCACAUGGAUCCUGGGUGCCUUUAUUUGCAAGUUCAUCCACUACUUUUUCACCGUGUCCAUGUUGGUGAGCAUCUUCACUUUAUCAGCCAUGUCGGUGGACAGGUAUAUCGCCAUAGUGCACUGCAGAAAGUCCUCUUCCAUUCGAGUUGGGAGGCACGCAUUGAUCGGGGUGCUGGUCAUAUGGGUGCUCUCUUUCGCCAUGGCCACACCGGUCGCCUACUACCAGGGCAUCGUGGAAAGUGAGGACAACAGCACGUUUUGCUGGGAAGUGUGGCCAGAUCACAGCAAGAGGAAAAUCUACGUGGUGUGCACUUUUAUCUUUGGAUACGUGCUGCCGCUGAUUCUGAUAUCUUUCUGUUAUGCCAAGGUCCUGAAUCAUUUGCAUAAAAAGUUAAGAAAUGUCUCCAAAAAGUCUGAGGCAUCAAAAAAGAAGACUGCUCAGACAGUUCUGGUGGUUGUGGUGGUCUUCUGCCUGUCCUGGCUGCCUCAUCACGUGGUGCACCUGUGGGUCGAGUUUGGCUCCUUCCCCCUGAACCAGGCGUCCUUCGUGCUCCGUGUUGCGGCUCACUGUCUGGCCUACAGCAACUCAUCUGUUAAUCCUGUUAUCUAUGCGUUCCUCUCAGAGAACUUCAGGCAGGCGUAUAAGCAGGUGUUCCGCUGUCAGGUGGCUUCUGAGUGCCCUACAAAUGAGGCCAGAGAGAUGAAGAGCAAGACAGAAGCAGCACCAUCCACCAACUGCACCACUGUGUAA